AAUCCCAUUCUCGUCGCCUCUUGAAUUUUCCAAAUCUGGGAGAAAGAUUUCAACUUUCAGCCACCCUUUUUUGAAAAUUUUGAAGAACAGGCUGGGGAAAGAGAGUUAAUCUGCAACACCUUAAAUCAUGAAGUAUAAAGAUGACAAAGACAAACCAAGUUCCAAACCUGAUAAAGGUUCUCGGGUUUUGUCAACCACAAUCCUUGUUGUUCUACUUUGCGGAUUUUCUUUCUAUCUUGGUGGAAUCUUCUGUUCUGAGAAAAACAAAUAUGAAGCCAACGAUAUACAGGAUCUCUCCAAAUCCGUCCCUUCCCCAAAGGAAGUGGCAGUGACCCCUCUCCAAGUGAAAGCCAUUUCCUUCCCAGAAUGCAGCAUGGACUAUCAAGACUACACUCCAUGCACAGAUCCAAGGAGAUGGAAGAAGUACGGAUAUCACCGGCUUACUUUCCUCGAACGCCACUGCCCUCCCUUAUUUGAAAGGAAGGAAUGCUUGGUUCCACCUCCUGAUGGGUAUAAGCCACCAAUCAGAUGGCCAAAGAGCCGGGAUGAGUGUUGGUACAGGAAUGUGCCAUAUGAUUGGAUUAACAAGCAAAAGUCUAAUCAGAACUGGCUGAGAAAAGAGGGAGAGAAGUUCUUUUUUCCUGGUGGUGGUACUAUGUUCCCCCAUGGAGUUGGUGCUUAUGUUGAUUUAAUGCAAGAUCUCAUCCCUGGAAUGAAGGAUGGGACAGUUAGAACUGCCAUUGACACUGGUUGUGGGGUUGCUAGUUGGGGAGGUGAUCUAUUAGAUCGUGGGAUUCUUACAGUGUCUCUUGCUCCAAGAGAUAAUCAUGAAGCUCAGGUCCAAUUUGCAUUAGAGCGUGGAAUUCCUGCAAUCCUUGGCAUCAUUUCAACACAGAGGCUUCCUUUCCCAUCAAAUUCAUUUGAUAUGGCUCAUUGCUCAAGAUGCCUUAUCCCAUGGAUUGAAUUCGGUGGAGUUUAUCUUCUAGAGAUUCACAGGAUACUCAGCCCUGGAGGUUUCUGGGUACUGUCUGGCCCCCCUGUAAACUAUGAAAACCGAUGGAGAGGAUGGAAUACCACUGUGGAAGAGCAGAAGUCAGAUUAUGAGAAGUUGCAGGAAUUGCUGACUUCAAUGUGCUUCAAAAUGUAUGCCAAGAAGGAUGAUAUUGCUGUGUGGCAGAAGUCUUCAGAUAACAGUUGCUACAAUAAGCUUUCUGAUCCAGAUGUCUACCCUCCUCAGUGUGACGACAGCAUUGAACCAGAUGUAGCCUGGUACACUCCACUCCGCCCGUGUGUUGUAGUUCCAGGUCCAAAAUUGAAGAAGUCAGGUCUGAAAUAUGUCAAAAAAUGGCCUGAGCGUCUACAUGUUGCACCUGAACGUCUUCCAGAUGUUCCUGGUGGGAAUGCUGGUGCUUUCAAGCAUGAUGACAGCAAGUGGAAGGUGCGAGUGAAGCACUAUAAAAAGUUGCUUCCUGCACUUGGAACUGAUAAGAUAAGAAAUGUUAUCGACAUGAAUACAGUUUAUGGAGGCUUUGCUGCAGCACUGAUAGACGAUCCCUUGUGGGUGAUGAAUGUUGUCUCUUCUUAUGCUCCAAAUACCCUGCCUGUUGUUUUUGACAGGGGGCUUAUUGGAACGUAUCAUGACUGGUGUGAAGCAUUUUCAACAUAUCCUCGAACAUACGAUCUCCUUCAUGUUGAUGGCCUUUUCACUGCAGAGAGCCACAGGUGUGAUAUGAAGUAUGUACUCUUGGAAAUGGACCGUAUCCUUCGUCCCAACGGGUAUGCAAUUAUACGGGAAUCCAACUAUUUUGCAGAUGCUAUAGCUACCACUGCAAAGGGAAUGAGGUGGGGGUGUCGAAAGGAAGACACCGAGUAUGGAGUUGAGAACGAGAACAUACUAGUAUGCCAGAAAAAACUAUGGUAUUCCUCUAACAGCAGUUCAGAUUAAUAUCAAAAUUCCAGGCCAUGAUGAAAAAUUAAAAGCUCUUGCAUGGUCUGAGUGUAUUUAUUGCUCCACAAUUAGUAGCAGACACAAGUUCCAUUCCACAAGAAAGAUGGAUUAGAUUUAUUCCACAGAAGCCAAGAAUUUCAGAAUUCAAAUUGGUCAAUUGAUGAAAUAGGCACCCAAUAAGAUGAUUUUGGUAAUAUAUAAAUGUAUUCUUUGUGAUGGAUAUAUCUAUACGCCUUUUCACCCUAGUAUGUUGGGAAGCUGAGAUGAUAUUGGAGGAUUUGAGAAGUCAUGUAUCCUCAGAAAUUACAACUUUUUUACCAUUGUAAUGAAAAACUUUCCUUCCGUUUUUAAUAUAUAUAUAUAGUGUAUAUCUUCAUUAUAUCCAUUUCAAUUAAAGCAUGUUGGAUUGCUGUUUUUCAGUGUUUCUUUUUAUCCUUGAGUUGCACACAGGGAUUGCCACGUGAUGAACGAGCGUCUCAAAUCCCAAUCAAGAACCUAACGGCACGAUGGGCGAUGGCAACAUCUGAACCAUCGUGCGUAAUAGUGCCGCACCGUAGACGAUUACGCCGCAGGAACCAUUUAUGG